ACCGGCACCGGCACCGGCUCCGGCUCCGGCACCGGCAUCGGCACCGGCAUCGGCAUCGGCACCGGCUCCGCUCGCCGCACAGGGGCCGCCGCCGCCGCCCCCUCCCUCCGCCCCGCCCCGCCCGCCGGCGGCACUGGGACCCGCCGCCCCGGGAUGAAGGUUCUCCGGCACAAGAUCGAGCUGCUGACAGGGCUGCUGCUGCAGGAGAUGACCAUGGCGGGGCUGCAUGAGCUGCGCUUCACCGAGGAGAAGCCGCUGUUGCGGGGCCAGGAUGCCGAGCUGGAGAAUUCUGAUGUCUUCCUCUCUGCUGUGGACACAGACUGGAAGGAGCAUGACAUUGAGACUCCCUACGGGCUGCUGCACGUGGUCAUCCGGGGCUCGCCCAAGGGGAAUCGCCCGGCCAUCCUGACGUACCACGAUGUGGGCCUCAACCACAAGCUUUGCUUCAACACUUUCUUCAACUAUGAAGACAUGCAGGAGAUCACAAAGCACUUUGUGGUGUGCCACGUGGAUGCGCCGGGCCAGCAGGCAGGAGCCUCGCAGUUCCCACAGGGGUACCAGUACCCAUCCAUGGACCAGCUGGCUGCCAUGUUACCCAGCGUGGUGCAGCAUUUUGGGUUCAAGUAUGUGAUUGGGAUCGGCGUUGGGGCAGGAGCCUACGUGCUGGCCAAGUUUGCGCUCAUCUUCCCUGACCUGGUUGAAGGACUGGUCCUCAUGAACAUCGACCCCAAUGGCAAAGGCUGGAUUGACUGGGCAGCUUCCAAGCUCUCUGGCCUCACCAGCACGCUGCCGGACACUGUCCUGUCCCACCUCUUCAGCCAGGAAGAACUUGUGAACAACACGGAGCUCGUGCAGAGUUACCGGCAGCAGAUUGGCAGUGUGGUGAACCAGUUCAAUCUCCAGCUCUUCCUCAACAUGUACAACAGCCGCAGGGACCUGGAUAUCAACCGGCCUGGAACUGUGCCCAACGCCAAGACGCUGCGCUGCCCUGUGAUGCUGGUGGUUGGAGACAACGCGCCUGCUGAAGAGGGGGUGGUGGAGUGUAACUCCAAGCUGGAUCCCACCAACACCACCUUCCUGAAGAUGGCUGACUCUGGUGGGCUGCCCCAGGUCACACAGCCUGGCAAGCUGACCGAAGCCUUCAAGUAUUUCCUGCAAGGCAUGGGCUACAUCGCCCACCUGAAGGACCGGAGGCUGAGUGGAGGCACAGUGCCAUCCGCCAGCAUGACCCGCCUGGCACGCUCCCGCACGGCCUCCCUCACCAGCGCCAGCUCAGUGGAUGGCGCCCGCCCACGUGCCUGCACCCACUCGGAGAGCACCGAGGCCAUGGGGCAGAUCAACCACACCAUGGAGGUAUCGUGCUGAGGUCCACGCCUGCUGCUGACGUCUCCUCCAGAGCCAUCUCCCAUCCGUCAACAUCCCGCCAGCACCCACCCGCCCUGUGGACGUCCUCUACCAGGGCCCUCGCUCCUUUGGGGUUGAUUUGUCUUCUUUGCCAUUGGCCUCGUCCCCUUGUCUGGUACCGGAGAAGGAGAAGGCCUUCGCUUCACUGCCUCCUGACUCUGGCUCCUGGCUUUGCCCAGCAGUCACUCAUGGUUCUGCAUCGGUCCUCACCUUCCUCAGCAUCAGCCUGGCCCUGGCUUGGGAGGGUGGGUGGCAGGGGGAUGGGGCAGGGUGGUGAGAUGGGAACAGGAUGAUGGGAUGAGGCAGGACAGCAGGCUGUGGGCAGGACAGCAGGACGUGAAGAGGACACAGGAGGUAGGUUGGUCUCCCAAGGUCAACUGAUGGCUGGCCAAGACAGGAGGGAAACAGGGACAGGGAGUGGUGCUCACUGGGAGGUCACUGGCCCCUUCCUGGGGAUGCAGCUUCCAUUUCUCCCCACUGGCUCUCCCUGGGGAGAGGUAGCACAGGAUCCCCCAGCACACCCAGGACCUGCUGCCCCAGAGCUGGCUGAGAAUUGUGACACCGUAAACUGUCCCCUUGCCCUGGUCACGUACCCUGAGGGCUGCCCUGGGUCAGGGGGAGAUGGCUAAGCCCUGCUCCAGAAGCCAUCAGGGCAGGAGAGGGGUGGCAUGAGGGUCCCCCACCUCUGCCUAUGCCCUCACCCAUGGUGGCACUUCCUUGGUCCCUUGUUACAAGAAGGACAAUCACCACAUGCCACCAAAAGCACACCGGGAUGCAGGGGGGCUGUGUGCCCUGCCUUGCUCAGUCUCUGCCACACCUGCAGUUCCACUCCCAGCUCUUGGGCUGGGGCCAUCAGGGCUCAGAGGCCACCAGGUCUGGGGAUGUGGCAUGGCAAAUCCCCCCUCCAGUUUCACCACGGUCUCUGGGUGUCACCACAGUGGAGCCAUUAGCAAUAAGAUGAGACACUUGCCCUGGCUCCCCCCACCCUCCAUUGUUGGGGAGCCCUCAGCACCCUCUGCCCUGCAGGGUGUAUCACUGCAAGGUCACCCAUGGAACAUGGGGAGCACCCCAGUGUUUGGCUUUGCCCACAGAGCUGGCCAGACUGACAAUGGCCCCCCAAAUUCACAACCCCCACUCCCAGCAUCUCGCCUGCACACUGAGAGGGGCAUCUCUCAAGGGCUUGGCUCCCCCCAAGCUGCGGGCUUCCAUCCGGCCACUGGUUCUGGGUGGAUCCAGCCUCUUGCACUUGGCAUGGAGAGCUGUGUCAUCACGUAACCCACUGUCAGCCACCCAGCCUCUGCUGCCGUCCCUGGGCUGUCCCCUGGGCAGCAGAGCCCAGCUCCUCCUGCACCCGGCGUAAUGGAGAACCCGGCUGUGGACAUGGGUGCUAAGGUCUUUGUGAGUGGUCCACGGGGGAACCAAGCCAGGAGCUGUAGGGGACCCAUGAGGUGCCACCAUCUGGGUGAGCAGAACCAGCCUACUGGGAGCAGGUCCUACCGAGCCCCUCAAAAACACUCACCUGCCAGAUCCCCAUCACUGCACCCCAGUGAGGGGCGCUGGGGCUUCCAGUGGGUGUACAAGGGCUUUUCGCCCUGAGACCUGCACCCCACCCAGCCCCUCCCAUAUUGAACGGCCACCCCCAAACAUCAGUGUCCCCAUUUGUCCCCCACUUUGUUCUGCCGUGUGCUUCCUUCUCGGUGUGACUUUGAAAGCUACGUAGCUCCUUUUUACUGUAGAUAUUGCUGCGAUCUCUUGUUUUCUCAGCGUGUCCUUCCAGAUGAUAUAUAUAUAAAUACCUAUACAUAAUAUAUAUAAGGGUUUGUCUAGUCCCUGACCUUUUUGGAUUCAUUCCCCAUUGCAUUUUCAUCCAAGCGGUGCCGUGUGGUUCCCCUGGAGGUGGUCUGGCCGUGCUUGACUUCAGUUCCUCACCUUGGUUUUGUUGGUUGGUUUGGUUUUCCCUGGUGGUUUGUUCUUUUGAUUUUUGUUGGUUUUCCCUUUUUCUCAGUCACAACAGCAUUUAACACAUUUUCCUGUCUGAGUGCAACACGGUUUUGUCAUGGCAGCAUCAAGGCCGCAGCACUCAUAAGACGGCAAUAUGUAAACUGGAUUUAACUAACCUGUUGCUGUAGAGAGGAUUUACUGUGUUGGAAAAAAACCAACAAACUAAUAAAGACGUUAAGAACCUGC